AAAGAUGGAGAACAUGACAUCAUUUAAAGAAUUCCAUAUCUUGGCACUUCCAAAUAAAUCGGAUAAGAAUGCAUUUUCUGUUUUCUUUUUCUCAAUAUACUCCAUUGGUUUAGUACUAAACCUAAUAUUAAUUAUUGUGAUCUAUACAGAUGUCCACCUUCAUACACCAAUGUACCUAUUUCUCUGUCAGUUGUCCUUUGUUGACAUUUGUUAUACAACCACUACAAUUCCGAAACUCUUGCACAUAUUACUUUCUGGAAAAAACACAGUGUCCUUUACACAAUGCUUUUCCCAGAUGUUCUUUUACUUUUGGGGUGCCUGCGUUGAAGUUAAUCUUCUCCUAGCCAUGGCCUAUGACCGUUACAUUGCUAUAUGUAAGCCUUUACAUUACUCUGAGAUUUUGAAUAAAAGACAAUGCCUCCUACUCAUAGUGGCCAUAUGGGCAAUUGCCUUUUUUAACACACUAUUCGUAACUAUUUCGGCAUCGUAUACGCCCUUGUGUUACGCUACCCUUAUCAAACAAUUCUAUUGUGACUUUAAGGCCAUCGUCAAAUUAGCUUGCCCUGGCAGCUUGUUCCUGUUUGUUAUAUUUAUGGAAAUGGUCCUCUUUGGAUUUUGCCCGUUUGCCUGCAGUUUAGCAUCUUACGUCAAGGUUUUCAGUGUCAUCUUGGCCAUGAAAUCUAAGGAGGGAAGAGGAAAGGCUUUCUCCACUUGCACAUCUCAUGUCAUGGUCCUCAGUAUUUUCUAUGGUACAUCUAUCCUUGUGUACAUGAUUCCUUCAUCGGCCAACUUAGAAGUUUUGGAAAGGUUAUGUACUAUUUUCUAUACAGCUGUGACUCCUAUGUUAAACCCUCUGCUGUACAGUUUACGGAACAAAGACGUAAAGAGAGCUGUGAUGGGAUUAAUAAAUAAAUGUAUGUGGUAGUUUCUUCAACCCCCCGAAAAAAGCUUACACUCGCUCACUUGU